CCUCCCACUCCUCCUCUCUCUCUCUCCCCUGUGUGCCUUGAAUCUGUAAUCGUCCUCUCCUCACCUUCGUAUACCAUGGCUGUUUUAAAUGAGGUAGGCCAUCUUCUUCAUUUCCUCAUGGCAAACAAAACUGGUCCUCCAUUCAUCCUUUGUUGCCUGCAUUAUUGUGCGAAAUACUAGAACUUAGCAGCCCUUAGUCUGCUUCCUACCUUUGUUCCAUUGCCCCUUUGUUGGGACCAUAACUCCAAAACAUCUGAGAAACCCUGUAUGUGCAGGAUAACAAAAGCCCCAAAAUUUUUAGUUAUGGUCCAUUGGAUUUAAUCAUCUGUAGAUUGGUUAGGUUUUCUGCACUAUGAAUCAGUUUGACUUGAUACAUUGAUGGUGAUCUAGAGAGGUUCAUAUAGAAAAAUGAAUAUUGGGUUUUCGAUUAUAUGACAUAUUGUCAAGUGGGAAGAGUAUUUUCAGUUCUUUUUCCCUUUCCUUAGUGGCUAUUUGUUCUUGAGUUCUGGAUACCCUUUUCUUCAUUUGGCCCUAAUAUGCAUAUUAUUUUGGUGAAAUUGUCAUGCUGAUUUACUUGCAGUUAUUUCAUUAAGGCUAAAGUUCAGGGUUUAUUUUUUGUUUUCAUAUUGGGAGUUGCAGUAAAUGUGAUUACUGCUGCCAUGUGUAGUCAAAUGCUGUACUCAUCACUGUUAGAGGUCAUUCUCUUCGGCUGAAUUCGUCAAAAUUAUGAUCUACUCGGCCUGUCUCUUAAGCUGAUCUGCGCAGCCUCUAUGUUGGGCUGGUCUUUUGUUCCGUAUACCGAUGUUUGAGUAAUACAAUUAACACUUACUUCCUAUGAGAAGCUCCUUUUCUGAGGAUCCGUUGUACUUUUCUGGCCCAUAAGAAGCUCCCUUUGCGGGGAGUCUGAUCAGAAUACCGGUCUAAAUCUAUCCACGAAAAAAAUCAAUGUUCUAGAAAAUUUCUUCUGUGGGUUUUAGUGCUGGCUGUGAUAUGCUCAGGUCUAUGCAUUGGGAUUCAGGAAUAUACUGACAUGGUUGUGUAAAUAGAGGAUGUAUAGCCAGGCAUGUGACCUGUGUGAAGCAACUGGAGCAUGUACACAAAUACUGAUCUUAGUUGAAAGUGGGUCCUCCAAGUAUCUUUUUUAGUACAGCUUCUCUAAUCAGGUUCACUGUGACAAGCUACUGGGACAAACUCUGUUCACGUUUCUCAUCUCCGUGUUCAAGGCUUUUUAGCAGGAAUUCCUUGUUCAAGCCUUUGUAGCAGGAAUUCAGGGAUGAUGCCUGUAAGCGACAAACAAAUCUUGACAUUAAUGCCUAACAAGAGCACAGAUGAACCCACAAUGUAUAAUAAUUCAAAAAUCAGAUAUACAAGAGAUUUUCUUCUAUCAUUUUGGGAAUUAGACUCGUGCAAAAGGCUACCAACUGGAAUUGAUCCUUUGAUUCUGAGCAGUGAAUGCCAAGAGAUCACCCAAAAUGUACCAGAGUGGCGCCGAGCACCAGCUCCAAUCUCUUGGGCAGAUAAUUCUUCUGGUUAUUCACGUGGAAGCCUCGAUAGGAGUUCUAGGCAGGCCUCUGGAUCUGGGUUGAGCCAAGGAAGGUGGGAAUCUCGUUCUGGAUUGAGUGAUAGAGAUGCCAGUCAGCAGAUGGACCGGGAUUCAAGUACUCAAGAUUCAGGAAGGCGUUUUGGUGGUCAAACUCGUAAUCCUUUGCAGCACUCAGAGCAUGAUGGACUUCUUGGUAGUGGUGCUUUUCCCAGACAAUCAGGGCAUAUGGGGGCAUUGAAUUCCAAAGCUCGAGGAAAUGGUGGUCAGAAUCUUAGUAGAAGCACUGAACCAUAUCAGCCUCCUCGCCCCUACAAGGCAUCUGUUCAGUUACGACGUGAUACUUUCGAUCUUUGUAACGACGAAACUUUUGGUUCUAUUGAAUGUACAAGUAAAGAUAGGGCAGAAGAGGAAAAGAUGAGAAGAGCAUCCUUUGAAUCAAUGAGGAAGGAGCAACAGAAAGCACUGCAAGAGAAACAAAAGGACAUGUCAAACAAGAUCAAAGAACAUAAUUUGACCGAUAUAGAUUCACUCGUUGCUAAACCUAAUGAUGUGAAUUGCCUUCAUAGUAAUGAACCACAGAGAUCAGAGGAUCACGUGGGGCCUGUUGCUCCAUUUGAUCAUUCUAAGAGUUUGCAUGCUGCUGCAUCCAGACCUCUGGUGCCCCCAGGUUUUGCAAGCAAUAUCAUGGACAAGAAUCAGGGUUCCCGAGUUUCAAAAGCCUUACCUACUCCACAGCUCCCUAUACCUUCACGGGAAGCUAAUACCGAAUCGAUGGUUAAUGGUCUGAAUGCAAUUGAUAAGCUGAUGAUAAAUGGUACUGAGGUAAACUAUAAAGCACCAGAACCAUCUUCAACAUCUCUGGAGAUGAACAAGCAACCAGAUGACUCAGAGAUGCAUAUGGAUGGAGCUCUGAUGACUAGUAGGGUUUCAAAUGUUUCUGAUUCCCGCAUUGUUUCAGACAUUCUGUCUGAUAAGCCUAACCAGGAAAAGCUGAGUGAAGAUCUGAUUAACAAUGAUGGAACAUUUUUAGCUGUUGAGAACGGUUCCCUUUUGGCUAAUACACAAGUGGUUCCACCACAAAAUCCUGCCUCAAUUUUGGAGAAGUUGUUCGGAAAUUCUUUGACAAUAAAUGAUAAAGACUCCGGUUUUAUUGAGCCAAAUGUUAGUUCUGAUGAGAACACAUGGAGAUCCCAACAAUCCCCAAUUUCGAAAUUCUCUCAGUGGUUUCUUCAAGAUGAGAAGAUACCAGAUGACACCUCAUCCUCCAAAAGCACAGACCUGCUAUCACUCUUUGUGAAUAAUGAGAAGGGCGUAUCCUCACUAAUCCCUUUGACGUCUCAGGAGAGCGCUGUUGAAAAUGUGCCUUCCGUUUUGCCUCUUGAAAAGAUCGAAAAUGCCUCUGCUGUGGCACCCUUUGCAAAUCUUCAUAUAAAUGAUUCCCCUCUUGAACUGUUAAAGCCAGACAUACCCCCACGAGUUCUCACCUGUGAAGACCUUGAACAGUCGAUCUUGGCUGAGGUGAAGGAAACCAAUAGUGACAUUACCUUUGAUCUAAGACCUGAGCAAAAACCAGCUGAUGUUGACAAUACAGCUUCUCAGCAUCUCCUUUCUUUGUUGCACAAGGGCAUGGGCCAGGGGUUGCCUCCUGACCCAGAAAUGGGGUCGUCUAAAACCCUCGUUUCUGAGAUGCAAAGCCCCAGCGGGAUAGGCGUUGAAAGUGAUCGUAGCUCCGAGAAAACCCUAACUCUGGAAACACUGUUUGGUACAGCAUUUAUGAAGGAGCUGCACUCUGUAGAGGCUCCAGUCUCUUUGCAAAGGAGCCUAGGAGGUGGGGUACCACCAUUCCCAAUUAAAGAUGAUGGGUUUGGCCAUACUUUGAUUGGUGAACCUGGGUCUAGUUCUCCUGUGGCUCUCCACACUCAAGAACGUAAACCUGAUAAAAUCCAUGGAAAUUGGGUUGAUGUCUCUGAGAUUGAAGGCUCAAAGGGCCUCAAUAUAGGCAUUGGGGAGAUCCAGUUACCGGAAGAAGAGAGCUUGAUAACUCUUACUGAACCUGAGAGAAUCGAGACCUUCAAGAAUAUAUCCAAAGCUGGACCACUAGUGAACUCCAUCAACCAUGACCUCUUUUUGUCUGUUGGUGAUGAGAUGGCUUCCCUGGAUGCCCUUCUGAAGGGCCAACACAUGAGGGUGGGUGUUAACAAUUUUGGAGAAGGCAUAGAUCACCAUCCAUUUAGAGAGAUAUUAGGGGGUGGUGGCCCUCACAUUCCUGCCCAAUCUGAACCUCCAUAUCAUCAUCAGCAUUUGCUUGGGAUGCAGCAGUCCUCUCCACAACUACUACACUACCAGCGUCAACAACAGUCUAUGCCAUUGCCACCUGAUUUUCACCUCAAUAUGAUGCAGCAGCAGCGUCGUCAAAUGGAUCAGCAUCAACAUCAUCACAGAGGUGGUCAUGGCCCUGAGCUUUUUCUUCCUCCACCUAACAUGCUCCAUGACCCAUUCCAUGCUGGAGGCGGGCCGAGGUUUGAUCAUCCUAUGCAUCAUCAUCAACAACGUCAUCAUCAUCAUCUGAUGCAGCAGCAAGUCAUGCAGAACAAUUUCCACCAGACCCCAGUUCAGGGGAUUCCACCGCUUCACUUGGGUGGGACCCCUUUUAAUCACAUGGGUGGUUUCUUGCCUGAGGGUCCACUGAUGCAAGGGUUCCCCAUCCACCAUAGGUCCCCACCAAACCAUGGUACGCACGGCAUGUCGAUUCCAGGAGCUGGGGUUAACCACCCUGAGGCGCUUGAGAGGCUUAUUGAGAUGGAAAUGCGGGUGAACUCGAGCAAAAAUAUGCAUGUCAAUCAGAACCCUGGGUUAUAUGGGCCUACUGAAUUGGACUUAGGGUUUGGGCUUGGAUGACGAAAGCUCAUUUGACUGCUGGGAUUUGGCGUUUCAGGUUUGGUUUUUCUGAGCCGUUAUUUACAGAGAUGCGGAUUUGUUGCUUGGGGGGUUGGUUUGUAUUUGUGAUGUAUCAUAGAUGGUAGAUUUGGUUUGGGUGAACUGAGUUUAUUGUCAGUUGUUGUACACAAAAUUGCAAAGGAAUCUAAAGAAAUACAUUUGGCAGUUGA